GUGGCUUUGGGGUACCCCGUUGACGAGAGAUUUACGGCAGCGAAUGUCGCAAAACUUCACGCCGUGCCGAAGCAAUCCCGCGGGGCUCUCAGCUGAUUGUCAUUUUAUAUUUUGUUUUUUUUUAUAAUACUGUAAUUAUUAUCGAUUAUCCACAGAAGAUUUAUUUUUUUAUAAAAAAAAACCACACGCACACUCGACGCUCGUAGGUUUCAAUUGGUUAACGUGGACGUCGGCUUUGCUAUUAACUGAAGGGGUUGUUGCGUCCUGGCGUUUUGGACCGAACCUCGGGCUAGGCACGAACCCCGCCUGCUGUGAGUGGGGGACCCCGGGUGAGGUUGAUCCCUCUGGGAUGUGAGGUGGUGACCGCAAACCCCGAGCCGGGGGAGCCAAGGCCUUGAGAGAAAAAGCAGGGGAUGUCACUGUUGGCUGGCCGCAGGUCUGUCCCGACAUCAGAGGAGAAAACGGGUGAAGCGAGAGCAGGCGAUGGAACGGGACGAGGUGGAAACAAGGAAGCAGGGUUCGGAAGCGAUGACGGAGAGAGAAUAGGAGUGGAUGAAGAGAAAGGAGAGGGAAGGCGAGAAGAACCACGGCAAGGAGAGAGAAGACGAGGAGGACCAUGUGGUGAAGAUGACGGUGGAAGAGGACGAGACUGCGAGAGACUGGGCGAGCGCUUCCUGUGCCGUCACUUCGCCCGCGGCGAGGGCUGUGUGAUGGGAGACGCGGGGCCAGAGAGCGAAGAUCAGGUCCUCGUCAGGGUGGUGAUGUUCUUGGCAGGUGUGCUGGGCAGAAUUGGCCACGGACCGCACCAACUCUUGCAGACCGAGCUCCGGGAGAUAGCAUUCACCUCGACCAAUUCUCAAGAUGUGAAGCCGGCGCUGGUGCUAUGCUCCCCGCCGCGGCUUCUCGCCUGGGCCGAAGCGCUGGAGAGGCGCGGCACCGGCUGCCGGGCGGUGGUCGUGGACGGUGCCGAGAGCGCAGGGGCCCUGGCCGGACUGCUUCACGGCGACCGCCACCACGAGGUCGCCGUCGCUACAUACGCGACGGCACGACUCCACCUGCAUGAGAUGAACAGCGUGCAGUGGUCGAUGGUGAUUGUGGAGGAACCUCAGCGGCCGAGGGACCAGGAUGGGGAAGCCGAGCCGUGGCCCCCAAAGGGACAGGGGCAGCACUGCGACUCAGGGCCCCUUGCCCCACAUGAGGGACCCUGGCCAGCGCAGUCCGGGCAUCACGCCGUGCCCCCGUGCCCCGUCGGUGACAGCGCCACCUCCAACUUCCACAACCCCUGGAUACGGGACUGGCACACGCUGCGUGCUAUACGGUGCCCCGUCCGCAUCGGACUAGCGGACACCGCCCUGAGGAGCAGUCUAGUGGAUCUGUGGAGCAUCGUGGACUGGGCGGUGCCCGGUAGCCUGGGCAGCAUUGGAGAGUUCCACGAGGAGUUCGCAUCGCCCAUCGAGACGGCACGCUGGCAUUCGGCCACCGGGCGCGAGCGGCGCCGUGCCCAAGUGGCCACGCGGGCUCUUGCUCGCCGUCUGUUCCCACACCUCUUCCUCCCCUACUGCCGCCGGUGGACUUCCGCCGAAGCCACCACCACCACGCGGCACCACAGCAACCAGGACGAAGCACGAGAUGGGGACGCUGGGGAGACGGUGGCGUGCGGCAGGGCUAUCAGCGGGGAACAGUGGACGCGACGGGCGCCGGUGGCGGCGGCGCUUGCGGCAGUGGGAGACCCUUGCCGUGACAGCACCAGCAGUGACAAAGGGGUCACCCACUCAAUCGUAACCGCGCAGGUUCAACCCUCGGAUCGACUGCAGCAGCCCAGCCUGCUGGGCUCAGGCCGAUUCACAUGCUUCCUUGAAGAGUUUGCCGAGUUUUUCGAAAUGGGUGGCGAAAUAGCGGAGAGCGCAUCCUCCGAUAAUUCGUGCAGCGAUUCUGAAAAGGAAACGGGUGCCCGCCAGGGUGACGCGGACGAGCCACGUGGAGAAGCUUGGCCGCAACGUUUGAGCCGGCGUGUUGACGGAAUCUGCGUUAUUUCCGCCUCGGAGCUCACAGAGAACGUAGUCCCCGAGAGUCCGGUUUCACGUGUCGCUGAAACGGAAAGCAGCCAUGAAGGUGGCAGCAGCAGUUUAGAACAGCAGAGCAAAGACAGGGAUAUUAUUUCUGCUGUACCAGACACGGGCAAUACAUCCAGUAACAGCGAGAGGGACCGUGCGUCACCGGUAAAGGAAAGUUGUGCAUUUCAACGUAACCCUGCGCACAAUGCCGCAGCGCUAAAACAGAGUAUCGACAGACCAAGAUGUCAACGCAAAACUUCAGAAGGAAGUUCAUCCAAACUGAAGAUCGCGAGGCACAGGCAGAGGAGCUCUGUGGCUGGGGAGGUCAGCGAGGAGUCGGACGACAUCAGCAUCUCCUCGUCAGACGAGCUUGUUAUGCCGGCAGCUGUGAGGAGGACAGGAGGAGUUUCCGUUCAAGCCGAGGCAUUGGUUGCACCCAGACAAGCAAAGAGGAUUGUGUUUGAAGGGGAAACCCCGGAGAUCAAAGCCUUCAGUUUGUCAUCUGAUGAAGGUGGCGUCACCACUGGGGUUCGGGCGGAUGUCCGAAGUGACAACCCGCUCGGCACAGACACCACCCCGGACGACGUGCGGCGACGCACUGAGCCUCUACUUCCGCACAGCUACCGCCGGCCACAGCAGGAGGCGGUGGCUGCCGCAGGGGGAGCCCCCAUUCCAGGCUCUGAGUCAAGAACCCUCAAAUGGAAGGGCGUUCCUGUGACGAUCGGACAAACACCAGACACCAUGCGUAGGGAGCAUUUCGAGGAAAUGGCCAGACACCGUGGCCUGGGUUCAGUGCAAGAUCUGGCCACGCUGAUUCUGCACAGCGACAGGGAGGGACGUCUGAAAAUCAUGCAGGACUUCUACACCUCUCGCCAACCCGAGCUGUGCGGCGUCCUGACCGAGCUGUACGCCACAGGCGUGGAUCCUCGUGGCGAGAAGCCUCCGAGGGCCAAACCCCCUCGAGCACGCAAACCAAGGCACGGCGCUCCGCUGACCUACGACAGCAGCUCGGGCUCGGACGAUGUGCAAGAAGCAAGUUGUCAAACUCGUCACAGGGUGGCAGUUGCCCAGGGUUUUGAGGACGAGGUCCAAGGAACCCGAGAAGCGUACACCUGUGUUCUUGGUGAUAACAAGCCCAAAUUUGUUCCGAGUUCUGUGACAACAAAGGAUGCCCCUGAGCAGGAACGAGGUCUGAUUUGCUCAUCAGCUGACCUGACCGGGUCAAAACAACAGCUUUGCAACAGCCGUGUUUUCUGCAGCAGCGGCAGGCAAGGUUUGACUUCGUUAGCGAGUGACGCUACUGUUGGGACAGGAACAGCAGCCAGAAGUUCCACGGACGACCUCUCCGAAUUGCUCGGGGACACGUCAAUCCUGGCUGAUUUUUUCGGGCACAGGCGGGACAAGGGGGACGGCAGAGGUGGGGGUUGUGGGAGAAGCAGAGAGCGGCCCGGCGGGGGUGAGGGGAAGCGGGCAUCCACAGCUGCACUGGAGCCGGGCCCUAUAGUGAAGGUGCGUGCAAAGCGGAGGGACUUCCUGGAUGAGAUCCUGAGUGGCGAUGGUGGCGCUGAAAGUGUGGAGCAGUUGAUGGACCCAUCCAGGGUGGAGGCCAUGACUCGCCCCGGCCUCCUCCACCGAAACAAAGCCACCGCCGGGGGACGGGAGGAGUGCUAUGACCCCUGGGACACGGCGCUGUGGAAGAAGAAUGAGAGUUUUUUCCUGAAGCGUGGAGAUUCCUGAAAGCCACACGUGUCGAUUUCAUGAUGGCCACAGAGGAAAAAAAAACCUGCAGUUGUGACUUGACUUGGCAACAGGGAGCCAAGGUUUAGGUCGCGGCUUAAGCACGGCAUUGAGGUUUGUGGCUCAGGUCCAGCAAAUAUGAAAUGAGUGCUUUUGUAAUGAACUUGCCUCUGGCUUAUGGUGAGUAAUAUAUCAUGGGAUUUAAAGUGUAAUAAUUAAGCAUGGCAUGUUAAACAUUCUUUGCCACCCAGCAGCAUGCAUUUUUCGAAUAGCUAAUGAAAUGCACAUCGCUCGGUGAAGUUACUGGGCGUUUAACUCGUACGCUCCAUGACCAAUGUUAUGACUCAGAAUUUAUUUUUGGGUUUGAUCGUAUGAGUCCAUUUCUAAUGUGUGUUGUGCACCCUCCUCCAACCGACAACCAAGUAAAUACAAUUGUCAAGUGAACAAACACACCGUGAUUUAAUACUUCAGCUCACCGGUAUGUUGAGGUGCAAUCCAAAUUGUUGAAUGUUGUUGUUUGCUCACCAACAUACCGCUGUGCUCAAGCAAUGAAAUGUGGCCCGUUUGUUUCACGUUACCGCUUUAUUUGGCGGGUAGAGACGAGCCUACAUUACACAUUGGCAUUUUACUCGCACGACGAUCUGACCCAAGAAUCAACGAUGGGAUUGCGCAUUUAUCACUUCGUUUGCCAAGGCAGGUGGCAAUGCCAGGAAAAAUCCAAGCUUAGUUCGGGCCUAAAUCUCAGCAUGCUGUAGCCAGGUACCGUGGGUGCUGGUGGUGCAAAAGCACCGGAACGCGCCUCCAAGCUUGCACACAAGAUACACCACGUGACUUCAGUAGUAUUCUUAAUUUUAAUUACCCUCUUAGAAUAUAAAUUUUAAAUGUAAAACAAAUAAUCUGGGAAUAUAACAGUGUAGCUUAAUUACUGCAUUGAACACCAUACAUGCUACGUUUUAAAAUGUUUCUAUAAAUAAUGUGGUGUACACCUAAAUGACGUCUUAGAGGUAAUAAUUUUUACGUAAUCAGUAAAUAAGUAAUAUUUUUAAAAACGCUUUUAUGAAAUAUACUUGUAAUGGAAGAACUCCACGACUCCAGGAUGUGGCCCCGAAGCUUGCCACAACGUAACGGACCGUGACUAAUUACAGCC